ACUAGCCAUUAGGUUAUUUGAAUGUUGACAUAGAAUAACAAACAAUGUUUGUAAGUAUCUCUAUGUUUUUCUCCUUUCAAUUUAUCUCCCACACACAUAAAAUAACAAGCAGUUGUGUGCAUUAAGAUCUUAUGAAAUACAGUUUUUCCUGGAUCACAAGUCAGGCAAUCAAAGCGAGUAACAAUAUCAAAGGAUGAAGUUGCUUGGGUGGAUGCAUAGAAAAUUUCGGCAGAAUAGCUCUGAACCGUUCAAAGACUUGGUCAUAGGGAAUUGUUGCGAUGAUGAUCCGAAAGGAAACUUUGGGAAUUACAAACAUCAGAAUCAGAAAGAGCAGAACCUAAGAAAGUCUUUGGACGAUGAGUAUGAAGAUGAAGCAUCGGGUGGUAUGUACGAGCUGUUCCACGGGUUCCUGGCAAUCGGAACUCUUGGUUCUGGUUCGGAUCCAUCAGCAACGCCAGCAUUUGGCAUCUCCGUUGAGAAUAUAACGGAGAAGGAAGAGGAAGUGACGGAGAACGAACUGAAGCUGAUAAACGAUGAGCUGGAGAAGGUGCUGGUGCUGGGAGCGGAUGACGAGUCGUGUGGGAGAAACAGCCAUGUUAGCAAUGGGAGAAGCAGCCACGGAAGCAUAAUAACUCUCAGCGGAAAGGCGUUGGAAGCUGAUGCUACUGCUACUACAGUUUGUCCUCUUCAGGGAUAUCUGUUUGGAUCAGCAAUUGAAUUGUCCGAAACGACAACAACAGUGGCAAAGAAGGAGCACAGGACAUCUCUCGGUGAGCUCUUCCAGAAAACCAAAUUGGCCGAGGAGAGUUUUGGUGCAAAGGAUGAUAAGAGGGACGCUCCAGAUAAAUCCAUCAAAAAGAAACUCAAGAAAAUAAUGCUCAAUCACACUUCUUCACGAAGCUCUACCACAUCCACCGUUGAUUCUGCUACAGCAGACAGAAAACUGCAUAAGAUUCUCCACAUGUUUCACAGGAAAGUUCACCCUGAAAAUUCAACUGCUGCACAAAAGUGUGAUAAAUACCAAAAGAAUGAGAACAAGAAGAAAACAAUGAAUGAGGGAGGCCACAAUCCAAAGGAAGAUAUAAUAAUGAUACAUCCCAAAAGAGCAAUGGCAAAGGAAAACAUGCCACAAUAUAAGAUCCAACCAAAUCCACUCCAGUUUAUACUUGGCUGUGAAGAUUCAUCUGAUAAUAAGGAGCACUGGAUCAAAACAGAUGCGGAUUACUUGGUCUUGGAGCUCUAAAGGAAAUGGAAAGUCUCAGCUGAUUUAAAGCUAUCGUCCUGGAUUGCUAAGUAUAAUAUAUUGUGUUUGUAUUUAUUACUCAAUGCUAGCAGCAAAUGUUAAACAUAUAUGAUAUGAAAAACAGUUUGAGAGAAAAGUAAAUAAGAGAGGUAGUCAUCUUUCGUGUCUACCUCUUACAGUAGCGUAAAAUAUAUGUUUCUUAUAGUAAUCAUAAACAAUAUUUAUGGUUGACCUAAAAAUGUCAAUUAUAUGUACAAAUCAACUAUUAUCAUAAUGGUGUGCAACAGUGCAAGAAGGCGAUUAUGCAGACAAAUGGGUCUCGCCUGUCAGUUGUUAUUGGAUCUUUAUCUUUGUUUCAAACUUACAACCCCUUAUGUGUUUGGCUAUAGGCCUAUAGUUCCACAUUGCAUCAUUUAAUUAAGCAAGAUGUGAAUCAUUUUAAUAUGAUUCAUUAACAAUUGUUUAUA